AUGUCCCAGAAUACUAGUAUAGUAAAUUUCCUUAUACAUGACGCCAAUGGACAGCCUCAAAUGGUCAAAGUAGUACAAAAUACGAAUACCCAACCUCUUGCUCAAAUUAAAAUUAAACAAAAUCCUUUGAAGGUGUUUAAAGUAUCAUCCUUGAACGAGGGGCGUAAUCAGGUACCUGUGUACCAACCUAUUAAAUUAACAGGAAUUAAGUGUGCCUCAAAAUUAGUUCAAGUACCUGUUGAUACAUUGGCUCGUUUACAAAAGAGUACCCCUAAGAUUGAGCCAGAUUUACCAACAUCAAAUUGUGUUAAAACUGAAAAUCAACUGAAAGAACUGAAUGUCCUACAAACAUUACCUGAACUUGUGCCCAUUUUAGCGAAAUCAGAACCUAUAAGUAGUGAUAACAAAACACAUCUCUCAAUCAUCACAAAAACAGAGCCUGAAGAUAUUCCUAUAGAGAAUUCUAAUCUAUCACCAACAAUGUCACAUGCAUCAAGAAGAAGACAUGAUUCAGAUAAUGACCCACCAGCAGAAUACACUACAAAACGUCGUAAACAUGCAGACAAAGUCGGCAAAGGCUUAAGACAUUUUUCAAUGAAAGUAUGUGAGAAAGUAAGGAAUAAAGGUUUUACCUCAUACAAUGAGGUAGCAGAUGAAUUAGUUUUAGAAUUUGCUGCUGGGAUGCACGGGUCUGCAGACAGCCAACAAUAUGACCAAAAGAAUAUAAGAAGAAGAGUAUAUGAUGCCUUAAAUGUAUUAAUGGCAAUGAACAUUAUAUCAAAAGAAAAAAAGGAGAUCAGAUGGUUAGGGCUUCCCACAAAUUCAGUUCAAGAAUGUACAGCAUUAGAAAAAGAAAAACAAUCUAAGUUAGAACAAAUACAAAAGAAAACACAACAACUACAAGAACUAAUAUUACAACACAUUUCAUUUAAAAGUUUAAUAGAAAGGAAUAAGGAAGCAGAAAGCAAAGGUACAAAACCUUCACCAUCGUCAGCCAUACAUUUACCAUUUAUUGUUGUAAACACAAGUGACAAAGCAUUAAUUGACUGUAGCAUCUCUAAUGAUAAGACAGAAUAUAUGUUCAAUUUUAAUAAACGGUUUCAAAUUCAUGAUGACAUAGUCAUAUUAAAGAGAAUGGGCCUCUUGUUUGGUUUAGAAAAAGGAGAAUGUACAGAAGAAGAUAUUGAAAAAGUAAAAAGUAUGGUACCAAAGUCAUUAGAAAGCUAUGUAGAACAAAUGGGUAGAGGAGUAAACAAUACUCUAUCAGAUAUUCUCGAUGAGGAAGAUAUGGACGACGUCGGCGACGAGGACACGCUGGAGGGCGAGGCGGAGGCGGACGAGCAGGAGGCGGAGGCGAACGAGUACAGCGAAGACAGCAGCGACGUAGACGUG